AUGGGUCAUGCGAUCGGUUCUGUGUUGUCGAGACAUGAGAAUAUUCGUGUCAUAACAAAUGUCGUUGGUCGAAGUCCACGAACAGUGGACUUAGCUAAAAAAGCUGGGAUGAUCACAGUAAAUUCGUAUACGGAACUGAUUGAACAAGUUGAUGUUCUAUUAUCAAUCCUGGUACCAUCACAAGCGAUAAAACUAGCAAAACAAAUUCAGCAGGCAAUAAAACCAGACUCAAAAUUCAUCUAUGCUGAUUUGAAUGCUGUGUCACCAUCUACUGUUAAACAAAUGGAACAAUUAUUUGAUAAGUAUCCUAAUAUUCAGUUUGUUGAUGGAGGCAUUCUUGGUGGUCCACCCGAUUUAAAUGGGAAAACGCCAAAAAUUUAUUUAUCUGGUGAACAUGCACAACAGUUAGAAUUUCUCCGUGAUUACGGUUUAGAUAUUCGUGUUAUUGGCAAUGAAGUGGGUCAAGCUUCGGGGCUAAAAAUGUGUUAUGCAGCCACAUUGAAAGGAUUCACUGCCAUCGCUAUUCAAGCGAGUGUAACAAGUAAAAUGCUGGGAUUGGGUGAGGUUUUAUUUAAUGAAUUGAAGGACAGUCAGCCGUAUGUUUUCAAGAGAAUGCAAUCAGGUAUUCCCGAUAUGGCCCCCAAAGCAUAUCGAUGGGUGGGAGAAAUGGAGGAAAUAGCAUCCACAUUUGAAUCCAUGGGAUUGUCUCCCAAAAUAUUUCAGGGUGCUGCGGACACUUAUCGAUUUGUAGCUGAUCAAACUCCAUUGGGAAAAGAAAUUGUUGAAGACAGAAAACUGGGAAAAACAUUAGGUGACGCCGUAGAUAUCAUGGCACAGAGUUUAGCAGGAAAAAAACCUUGA